AUGGAUAUACCAGGAGGACAUUAUGCUAAGCUAAAUAAGCCAGACACAGAAAGAUACUGCACGAUUUCAUGUGUGAAAUGUAAAAAAGCUGAACUCAAGGAAUCAGAGAGCAGAAUGGUGAUUACCAGGGACUGUGGGGAUGAGGGAAACGGAGAGAUGUUGGUCCAAGAGUACAAACUUUCAGUUAUGAAUAAGUUCUGGAGACCUAGUCCUAGAGGAACGCAACCGCCGCGUCUCAGAGUUCCUUUCCACUUUUCAAAUAUACGCGGGACGGUCUCCGGCGGCACUAGAACUACAACUCCCAGGUUCCUGCGCGGCGCGGAGAAGGCAGGCCGGGACUGUGCGAAAGAGACUCCGGGGGAUAGCGGGCCAGAGCCGGCCGCUCCUCCUUUUGAAGCGGUUUCGCACCUCUUUCCGCCCGCGGCGUCGGAAGGACCAUCAAAACCUGUUCUUGAAUACACUGAUCUGGUCUGUGGUGAUGAUGAAGAGCCUAGCAUCUAUCAUAGUGAUAUUCUGUUCCCUAAAAUGCCAAAACGACAGGGAGAUUUUUUGCAUUUUUUAAAUGUGAAGAAGGUGAAAACAGACACAGAUAACAGAAAUCAUUGUGGACUGUCUAAGUCAGAGGAAUCAAAUUUCAAAUAUGUUGAAAAACCAGUCAUUGAAGAAAAUCCAUCAUGUUCAUCAAAGGAAGAAACAGAUAAUCUUGUGCUUCCGGAUUGUUGGAAUGAAAAACAAGCAUUUAUGUUUACAGAACAGUACAAAUGGCUUGAAAUAAAAGAAGGUAAAUUAGGAUGUAAGGAUUGUUCAACAGUUCGGCAUUUGGGAUCAAAAGCAGAAAAGCAUGUCCAUGUGUCCAAGGAAGGGAUUGCAUAUUUAGUAACCCCUAAUGGCAGUAAUAAAACUACUACACAAGCUUCUCUGCAGAAAAAAAUUAGGGAACACGAUAUUUCUAAAGCCCAUGGUAAAAUUCAGGAUCUGUUGAAGGAAUCAGUUAAUGACUCAGUUUCUAAUUUAGUGCAUAAAAAAAAAAAUAAAAAUAUUGAUGCUACCAUAAAAGUUUUCAAUACAGUUUAUAGUUUAGUAAAACAUAAUAGACCUUUGUCUGAUAUUGAGGGGGCAAUAGAAUUACAAGAGAAAAAUGGAGAGGUCAGCUGUUUAAAUACACGAUACAGUGCAACAAGAAUAGCAGAACAUAUUGCAAAAGAAAUUAAAAUGAAGAUAUUUAAGAAUAUGAUAGAAGAGAAUGCCAAAAUCUGUAUCAUAAUUGAUGAGGCAUCUACAGUUUCAAAGAAAAGCACUCUAGUGAUUUAUCUCCAAUGCACAGUUCAGUUGGCUCCCGCACCAGUUAUGUUGUUCGUUGCUUUAAAAGAAUUGGUCUCCGCCACAGCAGAGUUUAUUGUCAAUACGUUAUUGAAUACUUUAAAUGAUUGUGGGUUUACUAAUGAAUAUUUGAAAGCAAAUUUAAUUGCAUUUUGUUCUGAUGGUGCUAAUACAAUGCUGGGAAGAAAGUCUGGAGUAGCUACAAAGUUGUUAGAAUAUUUUCCUAAAAUCAUUAUUUGGAACUGUUUAAAUUAUCGAUUACAGUUGUCACUUGAUGAUUCAAUAUCUGAAAUAAAACAAGUUAAUCAUUUUAAACUAUUUCUUGAUAAAAUUUAUUCCAUUUAUCACCAGUCUAAUAAAAAUCAAAACAAGCUUUUAGAAAAUGUAGCUAAAGAUCUUGAAAUUGAAAUUGUUAAAAUUGGCCGGGUAAUGGGACCAAGAUGGACAGCAUGUAGUUUACAAGCUGCUACUGCUGUAUGGCAUGCAUAUCCUGUAUUAUAUAUGCAUUUUUCUCAUUCUUGUUCUGGUUUGGCAAAGAGAUUAUCUAACAUUAAUUUCUUACAAGACCUUGCUUUAAUGAUUGACAUUCUUGAAGAAUUUUCACUACUUUCAACUGCAUUACAGUCAAGAUCAACUAACAUUCACAAAGCACAAAAAUUGAUCAAACGCACCAUAAGAGCUUUGGAAAAUUUAAAAAUCAGUACUGGAAAGCAUGAGUCUCAAAUUGAGGGUUUGAUUAAGUCAGAUAAGUUUAAAGAUAUUCCAUUUAAUAAAAACAAUGAAUUUAAUGCUCUUCCAAGGAGUAUGUUACUAGAAAAUAUAAUUGAACACAUGCAUUUACGUCUUUUAUCUGACAGAAACCAUGAUGAAAGUAUUUUUAAUUAUUUUGACUUGCUAGAACCUUCUACAUGGCCUUAUGAAGAAAUAACUUCACCAUGGAUAGCUGGUGAAAAAAAAUUAUUUCAUCUAUGUGAAAUUUUAAAAUAUGAAAUUGAUUUGAAUGGUUUUCGAGAAUUUGUACAUGAUAAUAUAAAAUCAAACAAUGUUUCAAUUCCUAUAGCUAUACAAAAAGCUAAAAAGAUAGUUAACACUAUUGCAAUCAAUAAUGCUGAAGCUGAAAGAGGUUUCAAUUUAAUGAAUAUAAUUUGCACAAGGGUGAGAAAUAGCUUAACAAUAGAUCACAUAUCAGAUUUAAUGACAAUAAAUUUAUUGGGGAAGGAGUUAGCAGAUUGGGAUGCACCUCCAUUUGUAAUGUCCUGGUCAAAUUGUAACCAUAGGUUGGCUACAGAUAAGAGGCAAAAAUCAGCAAAAGCCUUCUGUGAGAAUCAGUUGGCUAUAUGGAACUUACAAUAA